ACAAUGAGGGAUGGACCUCUUCCGCUUGCAAGCAGGAUUUCCCCCUUUGCCACUCGCGACGCUCCUGCUGGUCGGGGGCUUAGAGGGGCGAUUGCCAGGGCGAUGCAACAAAGCAGAGCCGAGCAAACUGCAGCUUCGCGAAGAGACAUGUAGACCAUGAACGAGGAAGACAGUUCCUCUUUUGUGAAAGAGGAAGUGACUAAUCGACACUGCCACACUGAUUCCAAACUCCAGGAGAUCUCCUGUGAUAGCUGGUGCUUUUCCAGCAAUGCGUUGAAGGGCUGUGACGAAGAACAUCAUCCUAGAGUUGUGGCUGGAAAUCUUUGCAAGCCGUAUGAGAUUUCCGGCAGUUCAUUUAAGGGAAGCUACGAUGCCUGUAGGGACACUGAGAAUGAGCCAUGUAAGGAUGGCCCAGAUGAUGAUGGUGUGGAAUCAAAAUUCCAACCUAGGUUAGAAAAUGAAGGCAAGCAAGAUGGCUGUAACAGAUGCAGUGACGGCAUGGGUCUUGAUGGAAAGUGGGGGUCCUGCCCAGAACUUGACGUGGGGGAGGCCAAGCAAAGAACCGAGCUGCCCUCUGGCACAGAAUGCAAAUCCAUGUGUGCCACCAACUGGAAUGGUCAUCCAGAUGCCAAUACCAAUGGGGGUUUAGUUGGGGAAAACGAUCAGCGGUUUCAUCUAAGUGAGGAUAACCAAGAAUUCUGUUCUGGCUUGAAUGGUGAUGAUGACAGGCAAGACUUGGAUGGAGACUCCAAUCAAGAUUUUCUUCCAGGUCAUAUAGAAGUCAAGGAAGAUGCAGAGGUGGGUGAAGAUUCCAAUGAGGAGAUCGAUGAAGAAAUGGGCAUCAGUGAAUACUUCAAUUCCAGUGUGGAUAAGGAUGAUUCUAGCCUCCAGUUGGAUUGCCGUGAUGGUAGCCAAAAGCUGGAGGCCAGCCAUGGCUCUUCUAUUUUACCUUCUGUGCCUGACAAACCGUACAGAUGCCCUGAAUGUGGCAAGUGCUUUGGCACCAGCUCUAUUCUGGGCCAGCAUCGCCGCAUCCAUAGUGGCGAGAAGCCUUACAAAUGCGGUGUCUGUGGAAAGUGUUUCAACCGGGGUUCUACCUUCCUUCAGCACCAGCGGACACACACAGGUGAGAAACCGUACAAGUGCCCUCAUUGCGGCAGAUGCUUUAGCCGGAGCUCCAACCUCAUUCAGCACCAGCGAGUCCAUACGGGAGAGAAGCCUUACAAAUGCGGUAUCUGCGGCAAGUCUUUCUCUCUCAGCUCCACCCUUAUCCAGCAUCAGAUUAUCCACACGGGUGAAAAACCAUACAAGUGCCCCGAUUGCGGCAAAUGCUUCAACCGUAACUCCAACUUGCUGAACCAUCGGCGAGUGCACACAGGGGAGCGUCCUUUCGCCUGCCGUUUCUGCGGCAAGCGAUUUUCCGAAAGCUCCUCUCUCACCCAGCACCUGAGGACGCACACCGGAGAACGUCCUUUCCGGUGCAAUGACUGUGGCAAAACAUUCUCUCUUAGCUCCACUUUGAUCCAGCAUCAGGUCACGCACACCGGGGAGAAACCUUACGAAUGCCUGGACUGUGGCAAGGCUUUCGGGCUCAGCUCUACCUUGUUGCGCCAUCAGCGGGUUCACACUGGGGAGAAGCCGUUUGAAUGUACUGACUGCGGCAAGUCCUUCACUCAGAGCUCCCACCUGGUCCAGCACCGGCGGACACACACAGGCGAGAAGCCCUAUGUCUGUGGGGACUGCGGCAAGGCCUUCUCAUGGAGCUCCAACCUGGCUCAGCACCAGCGUACCCACACGGGAGAAAAGCCGUAUGUCUGCCGGGAAUGUGGCAAGGCCUUCUCCCAGAGCACCAACCUCAUUAAACACCAGCGCAGCCACACGGGCGAGAAGCCGUAUCGCUGUCCCGAGUGCCCCAAAAGCUUUUACCGCUCCUCUGACCUCAUCCAACACCAGAUCACCCACACUGGCGAGCGUCCCUUCAAAUGCGAGGAGUGUGGGAAAGGCUUCACCCAGAGCGCCAACCUGGUCAAGCACCGCAAGAUCCAUGCUGGGGAGAAGCCGUUCCGUUGCAACGAUUGCGGCAAGACCUUCAUCCAAAGCUCAGAGCUCAUCCAGCACCAGCGAACCCACUCGGGGGAGAAACCUUACCAGUGCCAAGAAUGUGGCAAACGCUUUGGACAUGGCGCCACCUUGGUCAAACACCAGCGGCUUCACAUGGGGGUGGAGCCCUACCGAUGUGCCGAUUGCGGCAAAACCUUUGGGCUCAGCUCGGCCCUGGAGCGCCACCGUCGUUGCCACAGCGAGAGCCGCCCAUACGCUUGCGGCGAAUGUGGCCAGAGCUUCUCCCUGGCCUCCAACCUCACUCUGCACUCCCGCAUUCAUCGAGGCGAGAAGCCAUACCGCUGUGCUGACUGCGGCAAGUGCUUUGGCAUGAGCUCCACCCUUAUCCGCCACCAGCGCAUCCACACAGGCGAGAAGCCCUAUGCCUGUCCCGACUGUGGGAAGGCCUUUGUCCGUAGCUCACACCUCACUCAGCACCGCAGGACGCACACGGGUGAGCGGCCCUACCACUGCGAGGAGUGUGGCCGUCGCUUCUCCCAGAGUUCCAACCUCAUCACCCACCAGCGCAUCCACAUGGAGGAGCGCCCCCACGUCUGCCACAGUUGUGGGCGGCGCUUUGCCCAGGAAGAUGAGCUACAGGGCCACCAGCAGGAAGCGGAUGGGAAAUGCAGAAGCAAAGAAGAGGACAAGGAGGCACGAGACCGUGCGAGUGGGAAGGACUGCGAGGGCAGAGAUGUGCCAGCACCACACAAGGAGAGCAGUGUGAUUUGCCCAGUGUGUGGGCUGGACUGUAGUGAUGCCACCGCCCUGGCACAGCAUCAGAAGAGCCACACUGCCCAUCUUUGUAACUUAUGUGGACAGAGCUUCCAAAACAGUGUGACGCUAGCACAGCACAGAGAAUGCCACACCUCUUACAUAUGCCCUGAAUGUGGGGAAAGUUUUGAGGAGGCCAGUGCCUUGACCUGCCACCGGGAGAGUCACGCAUCUUGGAUAUGUGGCGCUUGUGGGCAGAACUGUGAGGACAGCUUGGCGCUGGAGCAGCAUGAGGAAACUCAUUCCUUGCACAUCUGUGGCACCUGUGGGGAGAGUUUUGUGCACAGGGAAGCACUUUCACUGCAUGAAGAGGAGGGGAGGUGUAAGGAGCACGCAAAGCUCUUGUUGGCCCAGAAAUCCUCCAAGGUGCUUGAGGCUCUUGAUGAAGAGGAGAAUUCUGGAGACGAGCCUGCCAUAGAAUGUGAGGGAGGCCCAACCGAGGAUAGCUCUGGGCUGGCAGGUGAGCAGCAGAGCCACAAAAGACUCCACACUUGCUCUGAAUGUGGACAGUCGUUCUCCGACAGCUCAGCUAUUGCCUGCCACCAGAACACCCAUGUGCAAGAGAAACUGCACAAGCGCCUCGAGUUUGGGCAGAGCUUCAGGGGCACCCCAGCCCUAGCUAGGCGUCAGAAGGAACACGUGCGUGGGAAGCGGUACCGAUGCAUGAAGCGUGGUCAGGCCUCUUUGGACACCACGGUCUUUGCACUGCACCGGAAAAACCACACCGAGGACAAAGCGCAUGGGUGUCUUGAAUCUGGAGAACGGCUCAGUUCUGAUUCGAAAUGUGCGGUGCAGAGGACCCAUGAGGAGAGUUCUUCUAAGACCGCACUUAGAAAGGAGCCUUCCAGAGAACAGUCGCUCUCUAGCUCAGACCAGAGCAAACCACCAGAUGACCAGCCAUUUAGGGAGCCUCCGGGUCUUACCACACACCAGAGAACCUGCUCCAAUGACAACGUACUUGACAUCGCUGUGGAAGAGAAGUCUUCCUCUUGUGGUCUUUGCUUCCAGGAGAGCUCAGCUUUGACUUUGCAUGAGCAAACUGACCUUGAAGAAAAGCUUGGCCUGGGUUCCCAGCGUGACGGUGCGCUUGUAGAGAGCUCAGUGAUCGCUCCACCACAGAGAAGACCCUUGGCUACAGAGAAGCCUGCUCCGGUUUCCACUGAAAUGGCCGCCCUCAUCCGGCACCCGAGCACCAAGCCGUACAAGUGUCACGACUGCAAACAAAGCUUUGUGGAUGCCACCAGCUUGUCCCACCACCAGCUUGGCCAUAUGAAGGACAGGCUGCUGAAGUGUCCGGAGUGUGCCACAGGCUUCCCAGACAGGCUUGCUCUGAUCCGGCACCAGAUGGAACACACAGCGGAGAAACUCAAGGGGGUGAGACAGCAGCCGAAAAACUACCGCAAUAAGGAGAGAGACCACAGGAGUCCUCUGGAAUUUGGGGAGAGCUUCACUGAGAUCUCGGCCAUCCUUUUGCAAAGGGGAACCCCCGUCCCUGAAAGGAGUGUGCCCCAACGGCUCAAGGACCGUGGAACUGACCGAAAACAAAACUCAGGGGAUGUUUCAGAGUCAAUGGGGCCUCCUUACUUUCACUUUGACUUGGGGAAAGCUUCCAGUGCCAGCCACGCGCUGGACCACCACCAUGUGCAGCAGGAUAAGAGCAAAUACAUAGCGCAUCCCGAACCUGGGAAAAUAUCCAGGAACAGUUCGAUGCUGCUGCAACACCUUCAGAACCACACAGCAGAGAAACCUUGAUUCCAGCAGGAGCUGUGAGAUGUCAUUUCUGGAGAAGUGGAAUGUCUGUUGCGAGAGAUCCCCCCCCCCUCUCCUCUGGAUGCUUAGAGCGUGUUCAGUUGGGGAGUGGGGAGGCAGGAGGACAUAAUGGGGGCCCAGGGGUUGGGACAUGCCCCAGGUGGAGAAGAAGGCAUUUCUGACAUUAUGAUUAGGAUGGGGUAUGCACUUGGACAGAAUUGAAAUAGGAUAUGUGUGAAGUUGUAGGAAACUAUGUGGGAUGAGAGACCCUUACCAGCAAAAUAUGGAGGUAGUCCACCUGUCCCAGUAUGCACUUUCUGUUUUGCUUGUUAUUUCCUGGGUUUCACUUCACAAACAUCCUGCCCCUAGCUCUCCAAGUCUCUAGGGUGGGAUAAUCAAGAACUGAAGGCCAGUGUAGAGGUGCUGUCCAAAAUAUGGGUCAUGGUAGGUAAGCUACAAUUGCUCUGGGGAAGUGGUGGAUAUGAAAAUGACAGGAAAAGGGGUGGCUGGUAGACAGUCUUCCAAGCUCUCUCUUCCCUCUGCUCUCCCAUUGAAUUCUCCAUGCAUUUUCUACUCAAGCUACUGAUUUGUGUAGAUAUUUGUGAAAAGGUUUGGGACUGGAGCUGUUUGUCUGGAUUAUUGGACCGCCCCCCCCCAUCCACAAAAUGGAUGUCUUUGGCACUUUGUCAUAUGACCUCUCUUGACCCUCCUGUUGCUUACCAAGUGACAUCUUGAGGUCACACUAGGAAGAUUUUAACAGUGAUUUUGAUGCUUUGAACAUUAACUUGCUCUCUGUUUCCCAUGGUAUGGCUCUGGGAAUACUUUCAUCUCAAGAACAUGAGCGAGUCCAAAAUCCUUCUCUGCCACUUGCCUUCUACUCGUCAGAUUUCUCCUUCUUGAAGUAAAGCUUAAAGUAAAGUGAGGUUGGAAGUGACCCUUUCUCUCUCCCCUCCCCCAACCCCAGAUUUACCUCAGCGCUGGGCAGCAUUUGGCCUAUGGUUGCCAAUUGCCUGGGGGAGGGGGGAAUGUCUUCUCCCCUUAACAGAGACUUAAUUAGAUAUUAUUUAUUUCCAUGCCAUGAAAAGAUUCAGCUACCCAUAUCGACAUAGUAAAUCUCUGUUAAAGUGACAGAACAACCUUCUCUACACCAAUUGGGAACCCAUGGUUGCUCCUUAGACUUCUGAUAAUAUCGAUAUCUAUUUUGGAGAGUGUGUGUCACUAGUAAAAAAAAAUACUUUUGAUAUCGAAAAGGAUUCAUAAGAAGUUGAUUCACCAUCAGAAAUAUAAAGUGCCCCUCCUGCCCCCGGGUUUGCACUCAACCUGUGGAAAUCAUGGUUACAUGGUUUUGAGGAAACCAGUAGCAGAAAAAUCGUUUUAUCCCUGGAUCGCACUCUUUUAGGGGAAGGCAAAAUUACAAGUCCACAGAGUAGUUAGAUACAAAACAGCAAUGCAGCUUCAUAAAGGUAUCUUUCUGGGCUACUGAGAAAGACAUUCAAGAGACAGAUGUGCAUCAAUGUGGUUGCAUCAACCUGUAACACUUAGAAGUGCUGGUAGAGAUGGGAUGCAGGAAUGGAUGGAGCAUUGGUGGAUUUCGGCUUCCUUCCAACUUCCUAAUCAGACUGAUUCAUUUUGCCCUCCCCUUAACUCUGAUAAAGGAACCUCAUCGGUGAUCAGAAAUGGAUUUCUUGGGGAGGACAAUGAUAAAAAAGGGAUCUUUGGGGCACAUUUUAAAUGAAGUAUGCUUUCUAGGUCUUGGUGGGCUCACAGCAUGAUCUUAGACAUAUUUGCUCAGAAGCAAGUUCCCUUCAGUCCGUUGGGUCUUGCCUCCUCAUGAACGAGUAGUGUACAGAAGCCACGUGGUGUCUCCAAUCCCUUCUUACAGUAUUUUUUGGUCCAUUGUAGAUUUUCAUGGGUAUUUCCCAUCCGAGUACAGUUUUGGGUUGAGCAAGCAUCCAGUGCCAACAUCUACCUCACCAUUUCAAGCUGGACCAUGCUGUCCUUUUUGAAAUGACUGUCAAACGCUUUAUGCAUAUACAAAGUACUAUAGAGAUGCUAAGUAAAAAUCCUCGAAGGCAGCAAAAUAAAGUGUUUUGCCAGUGGAACUCCCUGACACAGGGACAGGCAGUAACUUGGUAGCAUUUCAAUUUUUUAAAAAUUAAAACCGUAGAAUGCUCCUCAUAGCUGUGAAUCUUUCUCUUACAUUUCAUUUUAUACGAGAUUUUUAAUGAAUAUCUCCUAGCCCAACACGCCUUUGAUUUUAAACUCCUUCCAGUGCUGGCAUCUACCUCAACGAUUCAUCUGGGUUGUGCUGUGAUCCUUGAAAACAAAUGAGCUGUCUGUCUCCAAUGAAACCCUUCUCCGCAUUGUCAGUGGAACUCCCUGCCACUUAAUAGCCAUGGUAAGAUGGAGAGCUUUGUAGGAUGUUAGACUGAAAUUAGCCACAUCCAGGACAGAGAGUUGCCCAGCAAACAGCUCUCCUCAAAAAUGUUGUUUUUCAACUGACCGGGUUCACCCACACUAUCCACUGUCUGCCAUUGCGCAGAGAAACCUAAUGAUGUAUAUGCAUCAGGGCUUUUUUUCAGCGGGAAUGCGGUGGAAUGGAGUUCCGGAACCUCUUGAAAAUGGUCACAUGGCUGGUGGCUCCUCCCCCUGAUCUCCAGACGGGGGAGUUUAGCAGAGGGCAAUCUAAACUCCCCUCUGUCUGGAGAUCAGGGGGCGGGGCCACCAGCCAUGUGACCAUUUUCUCUGAGGGCAACCCACUGAGUUCCACCACCUCUUUCCCCAGAAAAAAAGCCCUGAUAUGCUUCAUUAUACAGGCAGCCUGUAGAGACUUGGAGCUAUUUCAAACACUUCAGCGCUUUGUGCCAUGGCAACAAUGAGCAGAUGGUCCUCCGGCUCCCACUUGUGUUGGCCCUGCAAAGGCCUCUGGCCAGCCUGCACUGUGGCUGGGACUCGAGACGAGUACAACUCGCCUGUCUGUCCAGAGGACCAAUGGUGAUGCAGGGGCAUCCAAGGAUUUUUUGCCUUUGCAAGGAAAAUUUUUCCCUUGCUUUGGUUCUGGUGCACAAGCGUCUUCCGAUGGCUCCCAAUCCAGCCUUACCUAGCAUUAUAGCAUUCUUUUGGAGCUCAAUUGGUGUGAUGUAUUGUUGAAGGCUUUCAUGGCCGGAGAACAAUGGCUGUUGUGGAUUUUCCGGGCUGUAUAGCCGUGGUCUUGGCAUUGUAGUUCCUGACGUUUCGCCAGCA